AUGGAGAAGAAGAGGAACCAGAGGAGGGUCAGUCAGGGAGUGCGGGUAAGAAUCCUAAGGUAUCAGAUCACCAAUCGAGGAGCCAACAAAGUCGCAGCCGUUGUGGCAAGUGCGGCAAGUUGUACGAUGGGGCGUGCAGGGCGGGUAGUUUGGGCUGCUUUAAAUUUGCUUCCAGUGCAAUCAGAGGGGCCACAAGAGUACCCAGUGACCGAGUUUGGCAGCAGCAGGGAAGGUGACGGCACCCACUCCCGCUACAUUGAGGAUUACCGACAGUCGCCAGGGUCUGACGCAUGCGCCAGUGGCGAAGAGCAGAGCCUUCCAGUUGACAGCAGAGGAGGCAAAAGCAGCUCUCGACGAUUGUUCUUAGUGAACGGUAUAUCAGCCUUGGUACUGUUUGAUUCGGGUGCCACUCGAUCUUUUGUGUUGCUUGCGCUUAGCAAGCGAUUCACAGGGUCUCCUGGAGAGCUAGAUAUCCCGCUUGAUGUGGAGAUAGCAUACGAUAGGAUCGUCAGGGUUGCGAGAGUUCACCGAGGAUGUACACUACAGUUAUUUGAUGAGCAGUUUUCUGUGGAUCUAGUCCCUAUUCCUCUGCGAGGGAAUAAGGUUAUAGUGGGUAUUAAUUGGUUGAGCCCCAAUGGGGCAAUGAUUGACUACGAGCAACAGCUAGUGAGGAUUUGA